CAAGCCAUGAGCCUUUGCUCAUGCAAAGCUCUAAAAAUCCCCUGCAACUGCUUUUCAAAUUCGAAAAUCUCAAAACCCAUUAUUUUUAACCAAAGAAUGAGCUAUAUUGAGGAGUGCUUUGCUGGGGCAGCCCAGGAGUUCCUCAUUUGCAUCACCAUUCACAAGGCUGCCCAUGUGGGGGUGCCCACCGGAGAGCUGUAUGUACGGGUCAGCCUGGACAAAAUGACCAAAAGCACCAAGGCCCAGCCCAAUACCGAAAAUCCAUUCUUUAAUGAGUACUUUGUCUUUGAGUUCCAUUGCACCCUCACGGAGCUAAUGCGGUUGACCAUUCUCUUCGAACUGAAGAAGCACAUGACCUACAAGAAGAACGUGGUGGUCGGAGAGCUCCUGGUGGAUCUGCAUAGUGUAUGGAAUCAACCCAAUCAUGGCUACUUCAAGAAGUGGGGUCGCUUGGAGGCACCUAUCGGCGAAAACCAAAGCACGGAUGCGAAAGUGGAGGCUCAUGGGUAUCUGCAACUUGAUCUGGCCAUUGUCUCCCAGCACAGUUCCCCGGUCAGUAGUUUAAGAUCAGAGGAACAGGAAGCCCAGAAUCUCAACAAAUGGCCAGUGGAUCGUGAUUAUGAUGAUAUAGAGAAGAACCUCUUAACCAAUGUGAACUCUUUCACUCCAAGCAACAUCCGUUAUUUCAUCACCUUCUAUCGGGGCUACCUUAACCGGCAGGGAAACUACUUAAUUCAAUAUAGAUUCCAUCCUUUCAAGGGCAAAACGCCGAUGACCAAGAAUACAACUACGCCGGUGUGGAAUCACGAGGUCAACUUCGCUUGGGUAUAUCCUUCGGUGGCGCAACGAUUGCUCAUCCUCGUCCUGUCCCAUGAACAUUUGCAGUGGAAGUGCGUGGCUGAGUUUGAACUAUCCCUCGAGGAGAUUGCCUUCAAGGCAACCCCUGCAUUGGGUCCCACCUACUUGCACUUCUAUGAUCCUUUGAAUCCCAUGGUCUAUGUGGGUCGGGUGCUCAUGGAAAUUCGAUCCGAGACCCUCCAAGAGCCAACACCCAGCCACAAAUUGACCUCAAGAACUGUGUCAGGUUUGGAUGAGUCUCGUUUUUGGCAUGAUGAAAUAUAUCUUGUUGAGUUUCUUCCCCUAAUGGGUCACCACAUCCAGACGCCUGCCUCCAGCUACAAGAUCUACGCAAAACUGGCCGAGCACUGUUCCAAUGUCUUAGAAGGACAAUUAAGGACGCCAACUGGUCGCUUUCGUACGAAUAUGCACUCCAAGAGCUUCCGGCGGGAGGUUCCUUUUAGAUCCUGUACGUUCCGGGCUCGAUUGCCGGAUAAUCGGGCCAAGUACGAGAGUGACUUCUUUAUGCUGGAAAUAACAAAUUAUAUGCGCUCUGAACUGGAAAUCUUCAAGGUUUUUCAACUCAAGCACCCUCUGCAGGAUGAGGACCAGGCCAAGUGCCUGAAGGCCAUUAUAGGCAAUAUUUUGACCAAGGUUAAGGAGGGCCUAGACGCCCAUCGAUUCGACCACGAGGUCCAGCCCCAGAGGACCACUUGGGACAUCAACCGGCAACUCUACUUACUCGACUACUUCGCCAAGUUGCCCAACGAACUUGGUCAACUGAGGCAGAAGUUGCGCAGCUGUUUCCUGGAACACCUGGACGCCACCAUUGUGGAUGUGGUCAAUGAGUUGCAGAGAUUAGUGGGCGAAAUCGCAGCUCUUUCGGGCAUGGCUCGACUGCAGGACGAGUGGCCAGAGUUGGUGCUGUACCUGAGUGCAGGGGGCAAGGAUUUGGGUGUUUGUCGUCUAAAUGCCAAGCUAUUUGUAUACUUGACGAAGCAGCAGAGCAACACGAAGCAGGAUACGCUUUGUUUCCGACUCAAGAGUUUCACCUUUAAGUCCACUAGUUGUAACCACACCUGUCCCAAUUGCGGAUGCACCACGGCCGUAGUCCUGGGAUGCCUUGCCGUUGUGGUGGAGAGGGAACGGAAGGAAUUUCUCAAUACCAUCAACAAUGAUUGGAUUAGCCCUGAACCCAUGGUGUGGCAAUCGAAUCCUGGACACACGAACUUUCUCUGCCAUGUCUACAUUCACCAGGCCAAAGUUCGACCGGGAGGUGAAAAGAAAAACAUCUGCGACUCGCAUGUGAGAGUCCUUUUUGCGGAACAGGCUGCGGAAACAUACACAUCGCCCGGUAGCCUGUCGCCCAUCUGGAACGCCGUGAUCACCUUUAACUCUUUGAUGUUACCAGGAAGUGUGAAUCUAUAUUUACGAAAUCCUCCUUUGAUUUCUUUGGAGUUCUACAACACGGAAAGGAUCCUCUCGGACGAUCUGGUGGGCAUUGGCAAUGUGGCACUGAGUGUAAUCAGCGAGGACCAAGCCACCGACUCUAGUUGGAACGAUACGACUGGUGGACUUGGUUGCUUCCUACGAAAUACCGCCCAGAACUUGCAGCGCCUGAAGUACCUCACUCCACCUCCCUUGAAGUGGGUGCCGGUUGCUAGGAAGGGAACCGUCCAGGCGGAGGUCCUGAUGUCUGCGGAGCUUAUUGAAGUCUCAAUGGAUCCUGGAGACAUGGAAUUGAAGAAGGAUCCAAUUUUGGCCACUGGUAUACCAGUAGAUAUCAGGCCUAAUAUGCAGAAUUUCAUCCUGGAGGUUUUCUUUGUGGGCUUACGAAACUAUUCAAAAACCAGCAUGAGCUCGGCUGGAAAGCGGAAAAUCAAGGUGAUGAUGGGUGACUUAGUGCUAUCCAGUGGGCCCUCGACUGCUCGAGUUCGCAAUAGCAUUAACUUUUUGGUGGCCUAUAACUCUGGAGUGGUGAGUCUGCCCGAACAGCAGGAGUAUUGGCCAGCCAUUAUUGCCACCGAUGUUCUGCUAUCUGGCUUUAGCAGUGAGUCCACCUUGGGAGCUGCCCUCAUACCCAACUCCUCCAGCUUCCUUCAACGCGAUAAAACUAUAAAGUGUGUCCCAAAAACCACAUCUGGAGAUGAAUCUAUUAAGGUAGGGGAGAAUGAAGGCGAGGAGAAGGAAGACGAGGACGGUGAUGAGCUGGAGUGGGAGGAGGUUGAUGACACGCUUCCCACUCGGAUAAGCAGCUGGUGGAUGCGUUUUCUCUACGCUAUAGGGCUGCGUCCAGCCCCCUAUGCCAAUCAACAGGCUUUAAGGUACGAUCAUGAGUUGGAGGACAAGGAUCUGGUGGUGGAGAAGGAGUUCACUUGGUGGACCAAGUUCUACAAUUCGAUGUACUGGACUGCGGCGGAAAUGUCGCACGAAAACAAGCACCGUUUGGUCAUCUUCCCGGAGGAACUGGAAAAGCAGGCUCAGUUUGGAUACCUUCAGGAUUGGGCAGUACCCGUUCAACUCGUUCAUGGAGUCAAGUUCAAAAAACAGGCUCCCCCAAGGGAGGAUAUCUAUGCCACCCUGAAGUUGCAACUUAAGCUAACUCCUUGCCAGUGCCCUGUACUGGAGGAUCCUGGAGGUGGUGGCGAUGGCAUAGCCCGUCACUUCCCCAAUCCCAUUAAUCCACGCAAUCAGGCAGCCAUCCACGCCCUGGGGGAAACCAUAAAGUUGAUUGUUAGGAUUUACAUAGUCCAAGGUGUGCAGAUGCGACCUCGGGAUGUGAGAGGCGACUCCGAUGCCUACGUGAAGAUAUUCCUGGGGGGCAAGACCAUGUCCGAUCGGGCUCAUUACUCUCCGAACCAAAGUAAUCCGGUAUUUGGUCGCUUCUUUGAGCUGGAAGCCUCGUUGCCGGGGGAUAAUAUCCUACAGAUCGUUGUGUACGACCAUGACAAGUUCAAGGAUGAGGUGAUCGGACACACCACUAUCGAUUUGGAGGACCGCUGGAGAACCAGGCACCGAGCCACAGUGGGUCUGGCCAACGAGUAUUCCCGGAGUGGUUACAAUCACUGGCAUGACUUGAGAUUGCCCUCCGAGAUUUUAGUGGAUCUCUGCCAGAAACGUGGCAUCCAACCACCUUAUUACUAUGGCAAUGUUAUUGAAGUGGAUGGAAUGCUCUUUGGGGAUGAGACAGUGAUUUCAAAGAAUGAGGAGCUCCAGGAGCGACUAAGCUUGGCAGUCCUCAAGAAUUUGGACAAGCUGCCCUCCUUUGGCUAUAAACUGAUCCCAGAGCAUGUGGAAACGCGUUCCCUUUGUCGAGAUGAUUAUCCAAACGUGGAGCAGGGUAAGCUGCAGCUUUGGAUUGAACUAUUCGAAUCGAACAUCUAUGUGCCCCAACCGAUUGACAUUACCCCAGUGCCCCCAUCGGAAUUCGAGGUUCGUGUUGUGGUUAAAAAUCUGAAAGGCAUACAGUUUGGGGACAAAAACAUUUUCGGGAAACUAAUGAGCGACAUCUAUGUAAUUGGAUGGUGCGAGGACGAGGACAAGCGCCAAUCGACCGAUAUCCAUUACCGCUCAUUUGCUGGCGAGGCGUCCUUUAAUUGGCGCAUGGUCUUCGGCAUGAAGUACUCCCCCAACGAGGACCUGAUGGUUAUCCGUCGGAAGGCCGGCUUGCUGGAGGAGAUCGAAUUCAAGAGGCCACCCGUGAUUUACCUGCAGGUCUGGGAUAAGGACAUGAUUACCAGAGAUGAAUACCUGGCUGCCUUCGAGCUGAAUCUCUCCAAUAUGCCGCUGCCCUAUCCCAGUGCCCACCUCUGCAAGCCGUAUCCUCCGAAGAGGAAGCGCAUCAAUCUCUUCAAGCGCAAGGUCAUCCAAGGCUGGUUUCCCAUCCAGAACAAUUCGAAUCCCUCACUAAAAGUGGCCUCCAAAGAUCAGAAUGCCAAAAUGCAGCUGCAGAUAGAGGUCUGCACGGAUGUGGAGGCUUCCAACCGGCCGGCAGGACGAGGCCAGGAUCCACCAAUGGCCUUGGAGCCACCAUUCCGACCGGACACAUCGUUCAAUCCACUCACGCAUCCCUGCAAAUCCUUCCGGCAUAUCCUCUGGCCAGCCAUCCGGAAAUAUGUGCUAUGGACUGUGUUUAUAUUGAUAAUCAUCCUCGGCUUAGUGUUUUUCUUUUCCAAUUUACCCAGCAAGCUUAUGGGUAUUCCAUUAGAGUGAAUAGUUGUGUGUUAUUUUUAGCGUUUUAAUUGAUUUUUGUGGUUUAAAGUUUUCCAAUAAAUUAGUUUAUUCGUUUCUGCGUCAUA